AUGCCGAGGCUGAGAAAGCAAUAUCAGAGCUGCGACCGCUGCCGCCAAGGUCGACGGGCCUGUGACGCGGUGACAAAUGGCGCGAAUCCGCUGCAGAGUGGUGCCGCACAAGCGGUGGCCUGCUCAAACUGCCAGAAAUCGAAAAGAAAUUGUACAUUCGACUGGCUCCAGCAACUCCCACGUGGAUCACUACCAGAAAGGCUGAAACAAAAGUUCUCCAAAGACUACGAUUUUGUUCACUACGAACAAGAUCUGCAACCUCUAAGGAUGCCGCGUUUACGUCCACAGCCUACGAGCCGGUCAGGAGACAUGCCCAUGGCCGCUCCAACUCAAUCUGCUUCCUGCCAUGGGGACUGCCACCAUGCACAGGGUGUGGGCUCCACUGAUUUAGCGACUGAUCAUGGUUCACUUCCCCGGACAGGCGAUGUUUUUGGCACAGUCGCUGACAAAUUUGACUGCGCGCCUCAAUCCUUUAAUUGGUUGGUGACUAGUCCGACCGAAAUUCCGACUGCUGGCGUUGGUGGAACAGAAGGCUUCCUGCUGAUGAAAAGACUAGAGGAGACAGAGACUGUGAUGACCUCUGACAACUGGGAUCCGCCAUCAUCAUCGUGGCCUGCUCCUCCACCAAUUUUCGAUUACACGUUGUCCACAGAAAUUGCUAACGGGAUAGGAAGAUCAGAAGAGUACGCGACAACGACCGAUGCAGAUCCAGACCAUGCCGCAGAGAUCCGAGACGCGCUUCAUGACUCGUUUCCCACAGAUCAAUUGAUGUUCCAGCCUGUCCAUUACUUCCCAACAGACCUUUCCACCCUAUCGAGGGAAGCAGAAGUCAAUAGCCAAGACUUCCAACUAGUACAGAGCUACACCAAAAGUCUCAUUUGCAAAACGCUCCUCCAAAUAUACCUCGAAAGUUUUGAGAAUAUCCCUUCACUUUACUUUCAAGCAUGGAACUGGCGAUAUAUGCAAGACCACACCCCGCUCUGUGGGAGCUUCAGUUUCUUACAAUUAGCCAAGAAUCUCGACAAGAUGCUCGACCCGCUUCGCAGGUCACCUCUCAGUCCACAAGAAAGUGACAAAGCGUCAAAUGCUUUCAGAUACGCUGUCAUGGCGUUUGCCAGCCAAUGGCUUGAGCCAGACCAGGCCAAGUCGGCAGGACUCACGGAUCAGUGGGCCAUUCACACUGGUGGGAGAAACUUGGGAGAAGUUCAAUCCCAGUUGCAGCAGGAAUUGCAGUACAAGGCUGAGGAUGCGCUUCGUAGCUGUCUGGGACUCACAUCUUUUCAAGUGAUCCUCGCCCAACUGUUAUUCUCAUGGUUUCGCAAACCUGGGCUCGCCGACAGUACAACUAACCAUAAGUCCACUCCACCUCGGUUGCCUGGGGCUCACAAUCCUCUUGAUCAUACUGUACUUGCAGUCCAACAGCUUCUCUCCUGGAGAAGAAACAUCAUUGCAACGGCGAAAGAAGCGGCCGAUUCUCCUCCACAGACCACUUUCGUGUUACCGAAAUCCAUUCCUCGGCAAGGUUUCCUGGCUUUCAGUGUCAUGUUUCGUUUUGGAGUCAUGUGCGACACCACAACGGCAGUCAUGAGAGACCGGCUUCCAGUCAUUCCCGACCAGGAGUCCGUCUUUGAGAUCGAGGAAGUGAAAUCGUCAAUGCAUCCCGCCUCGGAGGCGGUGUUCAGUGCAAAUCGAACAGUGAGCAUGUGGGAUUCUCUGGGCCCGGACUCGGUCUGUAGGUUCGGAAUGACGGCUCCACGCUGGCCAUGGACGGACGACGUGGCAGCACGAGUGCUACAAGAGGUCCUCGCACUGAAGAACCUUCUUUGGCGGAGAUUACCUACGAUACAGACCAGUACAGCCAGUGGCUCGGCUCCCUAUGACCUCGAAAAACACAUUGGGGAAACGUGCCAGAUCUACCAAUAUGUUACGAAGCAGUAUGCCGAAUUUCUCGAGGAUUGUAGGGUUCAUCUUGCCCAACUUUCCUUGAAGCUCAAGUCAUGGUAUCUCAUGAUAUGUAGUCAUUGGCAUUUGGCAUGCCUGAUUCUGGCUCGUCAUAUCGAACUUAUUGAUGAAACCGGCCAAUCUGAACUCGUUCAGCGCUCGCUGCGCCAAUCGUCGGCCUUGGUUUGGGGCAUUCGAAAAGAUAACACUUAUGCCAUAUCGAGGGUGGCGAGCGUGGCAAUCCUGCCCGACUUUUGCAGCAUGAGCUGUGCACGUGAGGACAAGUUCUUUUUCUUUGCUAGCCAAGGUGCACUGACUACUGAGCCAUGGUCGGAGGUACUCUACCAAAGUAUCACAAGGUCCUGUGAAAUUCUGCUUUUUUGGAUUGCCUGCAUCAAGGAUCCCAAUCUCGACCCUGAUCAGCUCGUCUGGCUUAGAACAAACGCAGACAUUCUAGAUUUGAUCGAAAAUGCAUCUGCUUGCAUCGAAGCCCUGAAAUACUUGGGCGGUCGUUCCAAUCACAUUAUGUGCACCGCCGGUUCUAUGGACUCGCGCCUCCAAGAAUUGAAAAUGGACGCAUUAAUUCAAACGCAGCCUGCCGACCUCGGAUGGCGAAGCUGGGGUCAGGGUGCUACCUAUGAUUAUUCAUUUACGUACGAUCAACUUAACUAUAGUGACCCUCUUAUUUGA